CAACUCUGAUCGCCGGAAGCAAAAAAAGGGGGGACAGCCGGAAGUUAAUGUGCUGUGAAGUCUACUAGCUGCGUUGAGUUAGCUUGCGCCUUCGACACGGUUUUUCUCUUCGUCGGGUUUCCAGCAAAAAGGCACAAUGUCCGAAAGAAAAGUGUUAAACAAAUACUACCCUCCGGAUUUCGAUCCGUCCAAAAUCCCCAAACUCAAACUGCCCAAAGAUCGACAGUAUGUGGUCCGAUUGAUGGCUCCCUUCAACAUGAGGUGUAAAACAUGUGGCGAGUACAUCUACAAGGGGAAGAAGUUCAAUGCACGCAAAGAGACUGUUAUGAAUGAGCUGUACAUGGGGCUGCCGAUCUUCCGUUUCUACAUCAAAUGUACUCGGUGUCUUGCUGAGAUUACGUUUAAGACUGAUCCAGAGAACACGGACUACGCAAUGGAACACGGUGCAACACGAAACUUCCAGGCAGAGAAACUAAUUGAGGAGGAGGAGAAGAGAAUCGUGCAGGAGAGAGAAGACGAGGAACUGAACAACCCCAUGAAGGUGUUGGAGAACCGCACAAAAGAUUCCAAGUUGGAGAUGGAGGUUUUGGAAAACCUCCAGGAGCUGAAGGAGCUGAACCAGAGGCAGGCUCAGGUGGACUUUGAGAGCAUGAUCGACCGGUACAGAGAUCUGGAGAGGAGAGAAAGGGAACGGGAGAAGGAAGAGGAUGAGCGAGAAACCAAGGAGAUGUUAGACCGUGUCCUCGUGAAAAGAAUAAGAGACUCUGACUCUGAUUCAGAGAAAGAAGAGGAGAGCAGCAGCUCACAGUCAAACAAGUCCAGCACGGACAAACCAACAGACAUUCUCACCACCGACAAACCCAUAGAGACACAGGGAGCCACGGCUUCGGCAGUGAAGAGGGCCAAGACGGAGAGCUGGGAGAGGAGUGUGGGGACACUGGGUGGUGUAAAAGCACUGGGGUCACUGGUAGUGCGCAAGAAACCAACAGCAGCUGUCAGCAAACCCAGUCCAGUGGUGGCCACUGCCGCUCCCUCUUCGCAAACAGAUUCAGAGGCAUCAAAGACGCCCGAGUCCACAAAAGCUUCAAAGCCCAUUACCAUGCAAAACGGGGCUUCAUCUCUCAGCCUGCUGGGGGCGUACUCAGACAGCGACAGCAAUGACAGCGAAUGAAACGAAGAUGAAUUGAGUGACUGACACACAAUUGUAUGAGUGACGCAGAAAGAAAUAUAAUAAUGUGGACUUUUUUUUUUAUUAACGCGCUAUAGAAAUCAAAAUUGUAUGUAAACCCAUUUAUGCUUAUUAAAGAUAUGACUAAUAAAAAGUCAUUGUGUUGUUGGCUGGUCGUAGGAACUGUUUAGUCUUUUGUCCAAACCCAGUGAAACCUUUUAAACAUUAUUAAAUCAUGUGUAAAACAUGAGAAUUUAUGUAGAUCAGAAACGUAAGAAUAGGUUGAAACGCAGAUAAACAUCUGAAAUUUUAUAUAGUUAAUAUUGCAAUUUCAUGUAAUUCAAUAGUAAAUAUGAUAUGAAAGCCCUGGGGACAGUGUGAUUUUCAGUUGAUAUGUGGUUCAUUUUACAGUGGGAGGAAAUACAGAAACUUUUGAUGGCACAAAUCCAAAUUUUCUCCUGGGUGGAGGGCUUUAAAAUAUGUAUAGCACCCCUGCCCCCUCAAAUUGUAAUUUAAGAUGUACAGUAUGAAUCUUUGGUUAACAUUUACAUACUCUGAAGAGCUUUUUUUAUGUGAUUUACUGUGAUAAUAAAAUAAACUUCAUGUAUUCAUAUUGCAUACAUAGUCUUCAGCCGA